GCCCCGCGCAACACGCUCGCCUCCACCUCCGGCGUCGUCGUCGCCGUCCACAGCGAGCCGCCGCCCCCGCUCCCCCUGCAGCAGCGGGAGAGGGCGCAGCCGAUGAGCGAGCUCCCGUUCGACGAGGAGGCGAAGCUCGUGUACGGGGUGAUACUGUCGCUGCGCAACAUGAUCCGCAAGCUCUCGGGGCGGGACGAGCAGUUCGUCAACUACCGCACCUCGACCUACAAGCUGCACCUCUACGAGACGCUCUCCGGGUACAAGUUCGUCAUGCUCAGCGACCACGCGACCGACUCGCUGCGCUUCGUCCUGCGCCAGAUCUACACCGGCCCGUUCCUCGAGUACGUCGUGCGCAACCCGCUCGCCGCCAUGGACUCGCGCGAGCGCGGCAUCGACAACGAGUACUUUCGCGCCAGCACCGAUCGCCUUGUUAGAGGGCUUUCGGUCUUCCCGUAG